AAAAUGGAGCCAUCCAGGCGGAUGCAAGAAUGCUGGGAAGCCCAGUGGCAGGAGUUGUUGAGGACACUGCAGCCCCUUCACACAACGUGGGGAAGCCCAGAGAUGUCAGAGAUUGCCCCGUGGGAUGAUGCCAAGGCCUUCCUGGCCUCCUUUGAGCAAGUGGCCAAGGCCUGCCAGUGGCCUAGAGGAGAGUGGGCGGCCCGGCUCCUGCCAGCACUGAGCGGGGAAGCAGAAGAGGCCUUUCGCAGCCUGGACGUCAGAGAUCAGGAGGACUAUGGGAAAGUGAAGGCGGCCAUCUUGCGAGGGGAAGCCCUGAGGAUGGAGGUGCAGCGCCAGCACUUCAGGCAAUUCUGCUGCCAGGAGGUCAGAGACCCCCGAAGGAUUCACAGCCAAGUCCAGGAGCUUUGCCGGCAGUGGCUGAAGCCGGAGAGACACAGCAAGGAGCAGAUCCUGGAGCUGCUGAUCCUGGAGCAGUUCCUGGCCAGCCUGCCAGUGGACCUGCAGGGCUGGAUCCGGGCAGGAGGGCCGGACACCUGCUCCCAGGCCGUGGCCCUGGCCGAGGACUUCCUCAUGAGCCAGCAAGGGGCUGAGACAGGACAGAGGCAGAGGCCACUGAAGGAGGAGAGAGAGGAUUUCCUCGUUACAGAGGAAGAGACCUUGGACACUGCAAAAGGACAGAUUUACAAAGAAGCCAAGCAAAAUGGUGAUACAGAGAUCAAUGUCUCAGGCGGUGGAAUCAAAUGCCCAAAUCGCACCAGUUCAUCGCUUCCUUCUGAAGAACAGGGAAUGGAUCAAACUGUUGUGAAAGAGGAAGCGACGGGUCUCAAGGAAACUAGCCUGUCUUUUCAGACAGUGAAGCGGAGUCCGAUGCAGCUGGGCCAAGAGACCAUCGUCUGGCAAGUCCUGCAUGAGGACAGCAGGAAUAUCGAUCCUUUAGGUGACGAGAAAGGACGUCAGAUCAAGAUGGAGAAUUCACUGUAUGGAGGAAAUGAGCCAGAGGACACGCCCAGGACAGCCCCACAGAUACGUCAAGUGAAUGUGCUGGAGACAGCUCAGGUGCAUGAGGAAGGAUGCCAGUCCAAAGAUGGACAAGAGAAACAGCCCGUGGCGAGAGAGAAAGAAUUUAAUGAGCUCACACGAGGCCUUACGGGUGCUAUGGACCACCCUUCCAAAGUACACGCAAGUGAUAACCUGCCCAUGUUCUCCAAGUAUGGUCGAAGAUAUUGCUACAGACUAGAGCUUGAUAUGAGGGAAGCCAGGGAGGACUAUGAUGAAUGUCUGCGGUCAGAUGAAAAUGUUCAGCACAUUUCAUACUCUGAUCAAUAUCAGAGAAUGAAAACAUUCGAGAGUAAAUGUGAAUUCUCUGAGAAUGGCAAACAAGGAAGUUUGAACAUAGAUCAGAGUAACCAUACAGAAGAGAAAUCCUGUAACUCUACUGAGUGCGGAAAGACCCUUAGUUAUACAAACUCACUAAAGAGAAAUCAAGGCAUUCAAAGUGACGGGAGACCUUACGAAUGUUCUGACUGUAGCAAAUACUUCAGUCAGAAAGAACAUUUGUUGAAUCAUCAGCAACUUCAUACUGGAGAGAAACAGGAUGAAUCCCCCGAUUCUGAGAAAAUCUUUAAUUUAAAAUUACCGUUACUGAAACACCAGAGGAUUCAUACUGGAGAGAAACCACACAAGUGUUUCCAGUGCGGGAGAUGCUUCAGGAACAGAGGAACAUUGAAGAACCAUCAGAGGAUUCAUACUGGAGAGAAACCAUACAACUGUCCUGAAUGUGAAAGAAGCUUCAGUCGGAAUGAAAGUCUGAAGAUCCAUCAGAGAAUUCAUACCGGAGAGAAACCAUACAAAUGUCCUCAGUGUGAGAAAAGCUUCAAGCAGAGGGGAACUAUGAAGAACCAUCACAGAAUUCAUACUGGAGAGAAACCAUAUGAAUGUUCUCAGUGCGGGAAGUGCUUCUGCCAGAGAGGAGGCUUGAAGAGGCAUCAAAUGAUGCAUACUGGAGAGAAACCCUAUAAAUGUUCUCAGUGUGGGAAAUGCUUCUGCCAAAGAAGGACUUGGAAAAGGCAUCAGAUGAUGCAUGCUGGUGUGAAGCCAUACAAAUGUCCUCAGUGUGGAAAAUGCUUCAUAUACAGACAAACACUGAAGAGACAUCAGAUAAUUCAUACCGGGGAGAAACCAUACAAAUGUUCUCAGUGCGGAAAAUGCUUCUGCCAGAGAGGAGGUUUGAAGAGGCAUCAGAUAAUUCAUACUGGAGAAAAACCUUACAAAUGUCCUCAGUGUGGAAAAUGCUUCCGCGAAAGAAGAAGUUGGAACAACCACCAGAUGAUGCACAAUGGAGAGAAACCAUACAAAUGUUCUGAGUGUGGAAAAUGCUUCACAGACAGACAAACCUUGAACAGGCAUCAGAUAAUUCAUACUGGAGAGAAACCGUACGAAUGUUCCCAAUGCGGAAAAUGCUUCUGCCAGAGAGGCGGGUUGAAGAGGCAUCAGAUGAUGCAUACUGGAGAAAACCAUCCAAAUGUUCUCAUUGUGGAAAAUGCUUCAGAGACAGUGGAAAGUUGAAGAGACAUCAGAGAAUUCCUUCUGACUGUAUGAAAGUCUUCUGUAUGAGAAAAGCUUCAGUCAGAAAGUGCAACAC